GUUCAGGGACAGAAGACUAAGCACAUGGACUGGAAAUUGGAAGAGAGCGCUCAGAAAACAGACUCACGUGUGCUACAGGAGCAAGAGGUCAUCCUAGAGGACACAGGAGAAGAUAGCAUCUCUGAAAGCUUCCGGCUUCUACAGAUAGAUGUGGAAUGCGAGCAUCGGGAGGGAGAGACGCUGCCCACAGGGAGUGCAAUGUGGUGCUCAAAAAAUGUCCAAAGAAAACAGAGACACUGGGAAAGGAUAGUUGCAGCAAAGAAGAGCAAAAGAAAGCAAGAAAAAGAAAGAAGAAAGGCCAAUCGUGUAGAAAAUUCAGGCAUCUGCCCCCAGCACAGCAAACGUUUUCUGAGAUCCUUAACCAAGGAGAGACUUUUGGAAGCCAAACACUCAGGACCAAGACUCUGUAUUGAUCUGAGUAUGACCCACCACAUGUCUAAGAAGGAAUUAAGUAGACUGGCUGGACAGAUCCGAAGGUUGUAUGGUUCAAAUAAAAAAGCCAACAGGCCAUUUUGGAUCUACCUCACUGGAUUCACAACAGACAGUCCCCUGUACGAAGAGUGUUUGAGGAUGAAUGAUGGAUUUUCUAGUUACCUGCUAGACAUAACAGAGGAAGACUGCUUUAGUUUAUUUCCUCUGGAAACCCUUGUGUACCUGACUCCUGACUCAGAACACGCUCUUGAAGGUAUUGAUCUAAACAAAGUUUACAUCCUUGGUGGACUUGUGGACGAAAGCAUUCAGAAGAAGGUGACAUUUCAAAAAGCCCAAGAACAUUCUGUCAACACAGCCCGCUUGCCAAUCCAGGAAUACAUGGUCAGAUGCCAGAAUGAGAAAAACUAUCAUUCAGAGAUACUGGCCAUCAAUCAAGUAUUUGAUAUCCUGUCCACAUACUUUGAGACUCAAAACUGGCCUGAAGCAUUGAAGAAAGGAGUUUCUUCCAGAAAAGGCUACAUUCUUCAGAACUCAGUGGAUGAUGGACAGCCUAAGGAGCUGCAGAAGGCAAAGUUGCUGGAGGUGUCUUGACUGAAGAGCAGAACAGAGGCUGGCGAUAGCACACACUUGCCUGUACUUGACAUCUUGGAUCUUCACUAGAAUGUAAGUUACUAAUAACAGGGACCACAUGUUAUGCUCUUUUCUAUCUCCCAUAGUGCCUAGCUCACAGGAAGAGCCCAGAUAUAUGUUGACUAAAAAGUUUACAAUAACAAGGAAUUAGCCCUCAGCUACAUGGCUUUGGAUGUAUUAAUUCAUCUUUUAUAUACCUAUUUGUGAAAUACCUACUCUUUAGAGAUAGCUUAACGAUUAAAUAAUUAUUGUUAUAUCAAGAGUUUAAUUUUCACUCAACUGGCAUCAUA